AUGUGCUGGAUAAAGAACUACAGAGACAGUGGAAGAACAUUGCUAAGCAAGCUAAUGCUUCCCCAUGCAGUGAAUGUUCCAAGGUUUAUUGGAAGCAGAAGUGAUUGUUACAGUUUGUUAGCUUUUGCUGAUAGUAGUAAAUUUAUCUUUGGAGUUGUGAUUUUUAUUUUGAACAUUUCAACUGGUUCCAUAAGCUUUGUUAUGGCAAAGAACCGCAUUAUUGGAAAGAAUUUGAAUUCUAAAAGUAUUCCUUCUCUCGAACUCCAGGGUAUUGCUUUGGCUGCUGAGUGCCUGGUUGACUUGUAUGAGGAAUUAGCGGGUCACACUUGUGUUAACCCUAUCAGAAUAGUCGAUUUGCAGGUAUAUUCAGAUAGUUUGGUAGCUUUAUCCUGGAUUCGUUCCUAUUCCAUAAAACUGGAUAAAUUACAGAAAGUUUCUGUUUUUGUCAAGAACAGAUUGCUGGACAUCAAUGAAAUUUGUGAAAAACAUCCCAUUACAUUUAGCUUUGUUUCUGGGGAGGACAAUCCAGCUGAUUGUAUUACUCGUUGUCUGUCCUACAAGCAGCUAAUGAGAACAAAUUACUUUUCAGGUCCUGAGUUCCUGAAGAAUAACCUUAGGCCGGAGGCUAGUAGAGAUGACACUUUAGUCCUUUACUGUUCCUACCCUGAUAUAUCAAAAAGUCAAUCAUUGAAGAGAUUAAUUCCUAUGAAGCUAGUGUAUUAUUUGGGGAAACAGAUGAUCAUUAUAUGCCAAGUCGUCUCAUAUUGUGAGGAGGCCCACCAAAAGCAUCAUUUCCCUGAAGUAUUCAAGUAUUUUGAUUCCAGCAAACGUUUACUUAAAGAUUUACCCAAGAUCAUUGGACAACUUAACCUUUAUAUUGAUAAGGAAGGGCUCUUGCGAGUACGUAGCAAACUGGACAAAUUAAAGGAUGACAGGAGAUACAGGUUUCCCAUCUUACUUUCUAAAGAUAGUAGACUAACUAAGUUAAUUAUUGAGAAUUAUCAUGAGAGAUUUGCGCAUGCAGGAUGCUAUUCCCUGCUAUCUGAAAUUAGAAAAACCUUCUGGAUACCCUGGUAUUUUUCAACUGUCAAAAAGGUUUUGAAAACCUGUGUAACCUGUAGACGUUUCAAUGAGAGAACCAUUAAGGUAAACCAAAAUUCCUAUCGUGAUUUUAGGGUAAAUCCCCCGGAAAUCCCUUAUAGAGCCAUAUUUGUUGACUAUAUGGGUCCAUUUUUUGUACGUUCAAAUAACCAGAAGAUUAAAGUUUGGCUGUUGUGUAUCACGUGUACAUGGAGUAGGGCCAUAAAUUUAAAACUGUGUAUGAAUAUGACCGUCAACGAAUAUCUAAGAGCGUUUCAACUUCAUUGUUUUGAAUAUGGUAUGCCAGAAUUGUGCAUUUCGGAUAUGGGCACCCAGCUAGUUGCGGGUGCUAAUGUUAUCCUUGAUUCUUUGAAGGAUCCGGAGGUUAAUUCAUAUUUUGAAGAGAAUGGUAUAAAACCUAUUCAGUUUCAUCAGUUCUUUAAAGGAAAUAGCGCUUUAGGGUCUAUGGUGGAAAGUUGUGUAAAGUUGACAAAGAAACUAAUAUAUGGUGCAAUUCGAAAUAAUGUGUUGGAGAUUAGAGACUUUGAAUUUCUGAUAGGGCAAACAAUACAUAUUGUUAAUAGGAGACCCAUUGCUUUUAAGGAGGCCUUGCGGGAAACUGACUUGGAUACGACUAUUCCUGAGCCAAUAACUCCUGAAAGUUUAUUAAAGGGAUAUGAUUUAGUCUCUGUUAAUGUUAUUCCACCACUACAACAAUCUCCUGACUUAGAAUUAGAUGAUAACUUUUCACUUGACUUAACUGACAGAGUAAGAGAUAACUUUGUGAAACUUCGUAAGGUUAGACAGAACUUGAUAGAGAUAUACCAUUCAGAAUUUAUUACUUCACUCUUACAGCAGUGUGGUGAAAGAUCGUUAUAA